UGCAUUGUUCUCGGCAGUCUGAAGAACUGAGCUGAAGUCUAAAGUUCUUCAGCAUGUUGUUCGUACUUUUCACGAUCAAAUUCUGCUUAAUUUUAUCCACGACUGCUGAAAAUGAAAAUCAAACAAGCAUCCUACCCGACAGAAGCAAUCGGAUAGAAGAUAUUUAUGUGCGGUUUUACAAUGGAACGAGUACAGAAGACUACGUGGACAUGCCUCUAUCGCAAGCCAGCCGGCUGGUGGACAUCAAGGGCUUCGACAAGAACAGCCCCACCGUGCUCUAUAUCCACGGCUUCAUAGAGACAGCGCAGCAGGAGAGCAUUCAGGUGGUAGUAAAUGCCUACCUUGAAUCCAGACCUGGCACAAACGUGAUUCUUCUGGACUGGUCAAAUAUGUCCCACGGCUCUUAUUUACUUAAUGCUGCAAGGAACACAAAAAAGGUGGGUGCAGCAGCAGCAGAACACCUGAACUCUCUCCUGGAAGCCGGUCUAUGUCUAGACAAAGUUCAUAUCAUAGGCCACUCGCUAGGCAGCCACGUGGCCGGCUACACGGCGAGGGAUCUACAACAUACAUAUAACAAGACUGUCAAAAGGUUAACAGCCUUGGACCCGGCAUUUCCCGCGUUCUACCCCGAUGGAGUAGUGAUGGAGCAUGUCAACGCGAAAGACGCGGAGUUUGUGGACGUGAUUCAUACGGACGCAGGGGGCUACGGGGCCCCAGUGCGGACGGGCACGGUGGACUUCUGGCCUAACGGGGGCAAGAGCAUACAGCCCGGCUGCCCUCGGUUCGCCCCUGUACCUCUCUCAGAUGACAAUCUCUGCAGCCAUUGGCGCUCGUGGCGCUUCUACGCGGAGUCGGUGCGGAGUCCCGAAGCGUUCCCGGCCUCGCCCGCCGAUUCCUACCACAAGUUCCGGGACAACCCCUGUCCUGAGCAGGGCAUGAUCUACAUGGGCUACAAAUGUGAUACUAGUGCUAACGGCAAUUUCUACCUGACAACGAAUUCCGCUUCCCCGUUCGGCAAAGGCAUGGAUGGAUUAUACCCGAAGAGUAAAAAGAAAUUAGACAAAAACUCCACUUGAGUUCAGAGUUUAAGCCUUAGUAUUUGUCCAGUUAGUUUUAAGGAUCAAGAUUCUUUAGAAAUUAUAAAAAAAAUACUAUUGGUCACUCAACGUUUGGUUGUACGUACAAUGUUGCACACACAGCUAGAUGUAAGUAACUAGUGCAAGUAAAAAUUGGUACAUAAAUGUGUGAAGUUUUGAAACCCCUAAUUUCCUUUGACUCUUUUUCAUAAAAUAAAACAUAAUUAUAUCGUGAUAAAGUAGGUAAUUA